AUACUUUUGAAUUGUGAUCCAAAUCUAAAUCCAGAAAAUUGGUUUAAAUCUUGCACUUCAAAAUAGCUGAUUGCAUGCUUCUUGAUGCACCAUUUUUGAAUUUCUUUUUCCUCUUGUGUAGUAUUAGUUUUCAAUUACUAUCUUUACUAAAAUGAUUUAGAAAAGCAUUAAUUCUAGCAAGUUAAUUUCAGAAUAGGGAUGGAUAUUUUCUCACCUGUGUUGACUUUCCAUGCUGGCUUGAGUUUAUUUUUGGCCUGGACUAUAUUUGAACCCCAAGUGUACCAAUCCAUUUCUCUGCUAGGAGUUAGUCUCUCUCUGUCUCUUCUGUGAAACGUUUUUUUUUUGGCUGAAUAUAUCUUUAAACUGGUUUCUUUUUCUCAGCCUGUUGCCAUGUCAUCUUCAGACUCACCGGCUUCUUGGUUAGGAUCUCCUGCUAGUUGUAGUUCCCCAGUGCAAGUAGUAAGAGAGAGAAAAUUCCAGUCGCAUUUUUGGAAGCGGAUCAGUAGCGAGGAUGCUGGACAGUUGCAAUGCAACAGCGACCAACAUAAUUCCUGUGAUCUGUGUGAGACCAAUGAUGAUUGCUUAGAGUGUAAUGAAUGGAUUCCUCCCAGCUCUGACACAAUACAAAAAAUAAAUACUCAAGUUGAAUUUUACCUAUCUGAUGAAAACCUAGCAAUGGAUAGUUUUCUACUAAAACACAUGAAGAGGAAUAAAAUGGGUUACAUUAGUAUUAAACUGCUCACUUCAUUCAAAAAGGUGAAAUGCUUGACUAAGGACUGGAAGGUAACAGCUUAUGCACUGAAUUAUUCCAAAUUACUAGAAAUCAAUCCAGAAGGGACAAAAAUUCGCCGAAAAAUCCCAGUACCAGAUUCCCUCCUUGCAAUACCACCAAGUAAACGUAUAUUGGCAUGGAAUCUUAAUAAGUACUUUCCAGAGAAGAAUAAUGAAAUAUGUGGCCAUGUAAACGUCAUGGAAACAGCAAUGAAGAUCUUUGCUAUUCAUGGUCCAAUCAGUUCAAUUCGCAUUUUGCAACCAGGUAAGGAAGUUCCUGCUGAACUGAAAAAGUAUACAUUGAAGUAUCCAGAAGUUGGAACCAAAGUUUGUGUUUUGAUUGAAUAUGAAUGUUAUGAAGGUGCCAAAAAUGCUUAUGAAGAACUUGGAAAAAAACGCUGUCAUGAUGGUGAAAAUCUAAAAGUUGUCAUACUGACAGGAAAAGGUACUAAAAAAAUACGUUGCAUUGACACAGAUGAAUCUGAGGAUUUAAAGAAAUCAACCCCCAAAAAGCCUUCAGGAGGGCUCACAAAGAUGGAGCAGAUGCAAUAUACUAUGGAAGAGUCUAUUUAUAGUUCUUCAGAAUCUGAUGGUGCUAAUUCACCUGUUUCUGUCCAAAGAUACCUGCAGCAUAAAAUAUGUGGUGCCUAUAAUUGUGUUAGUCAAAUGUCAAGUCUAAGCACAGUUCCGUGUAUUCCAUCAUGUAUUGACUAUCAUUGUGGUCCAUGCACUCCCUGCAAAAGCCUAGUUUAUCACCAUCCAUCACCCAAAACAGAUUUUUUUGGACCAGGAUCUUGGCCCAGCUCAGGUACAAGUCCAGAGUUUAACAAGAAAUUUCAUGACCAUUGGUCAGAUAACGCAAAGUGUUCUGGAAGUCCCUGGGUGCAAAGGCGUAAGCUGGCUGCCAGUCAGGCUGCUCCUCUAGAAAUCAGCCAAACAUGUAAGCAGUCAGUAAGGAAGCAUCAAAGUGGUUCAAGCCUUCCUCCUGGAUUAGUCCGACUUCCCUUUGGCCCAGAUGGCACUAAAGGUUUUCAUAAUAGCAUUGGAAGAGGGAAAAUAGUUCUAAGGCACUAAUUUUAUACUGGAACUAACCCAUUUGGACUUGAGCCUGAGUCACUUGAGAGCUAAGGUUUAAUUGUCCUUUUUUUGUGUGGGUGAUUAGCAGCAUAGUUUGCUGGAACCUGAAGUGUAGGUUUGUUUGUUUGUUUUUGUAAUUUUGUUUUUCUUCCAAUGAACGUAAAGCAUCUCAUUGAGAGAGUACCCUUCAGAAAUUGAAAUAUGAUAAAAGUUUAUGGCAGUUAGUAUAGCUGUGAUGAAUUUUUAGGUCAGUUUUUGAAUUGCUACCGACUUGUUAUGCUGUGCAAAAUGACAUUGUACAGAAUUAAUGAGCAGCUUGUUUGGCAGGGGUGGGGUGGUAAAAUGCAAUACCAUUGGAUUGAUCUAUGUACAUGUGACAUUUCCUUGAUUUGCUACUCAAAUAAAUAAUUGCAUGAAGAA